GAGCACAGGGCUCAGAUUGCUAAAGGACCUACAAGACUAAACCGGCUGCUGAGACAGCACAGAACACUGCAAGCCUUCCGCAUUGUUAGUGGAGUGAAGCAGAAAUACUGCAGGUAGAAGAGGAACCAACCAAGUCACGACUUACCCAACGCCAUGAAAUUACUCAUCAUUAUCUCAGUUAUGCUGGGGGCACUCGUCACAAGCCUAGAAUCUGCUUUGACCAGGCAGCAGCGGCACAUGCUAUCAAGCAAACAUAAAUCAGGACACCAGGAUUGUAACUGUGUAAAUGGAGGAACCUGCAUUUCCUAUCAACUCUUUUCCCGGAUUACCCGUUGCUUAUGUCCAAAAGAAUACAGUGGACAGCACUGUGAAAUAGACACUAAAAGCCAAUGCUAUACGGAGAACGGUCAGGACUACAGAGGGACUGUGUCAAAGAACGAGAAGAAUGAAGAAUGCUUAUCGUGGGACUCCCCUUCACUAAUUAGGAGGGAUUACCAUGCUGGCGUGAGAAAUGCCCUGCAGCUUGGACUGGGGAAACACAACUACUGCAGAAACCCGAAUGGAAAAGCUAAGCCCUGGUGUUACAUUAAAAGGGGAUAUCGGACUUUGGAAGCAGACUGUGACAUACAACCGUGUCCCACAGAAAGAGAACCCACAUGUGGCCAGAGGAGCUCCAGCAAGUACUUCAAGAUCGUGGGCGGGAGCAUUGCAGCUAUUGAGUCUCAGCCUUGGAUAGCCACCAUCUUCCAUUAUUCAAGGAAAAUGGGGCAGAACAAAUUUGUGUGUGGUGGCAGCCUCAUUGACCCUUGCUGGGUGCUUACCGCUGCACACUGCUUCUCCCAGCUGGGAACGGAUUCAUCAGGCUACACAGUUGUUCUUGGAAAGUCCAAGCUGGAUGCUACUGAUGACAAAGAACAAACAUUUCAGGUGGAAAGAAUCAUCAAUCAUCAUGAAUAUUCAGAUGAAGGCGGUGACUUCAACAGUGAUAUUGCUCUCAUGAAAAUAAAGUCUUCUUCUGGACACUGUGCAGUAGAGUCUGAAUAUGUCAAAACUAUCUGUUUACCAUCUGAAAACCUAGUGCUGAUGGAUAAUUCCCAGUGUGAAGUUUCUGGCUAUGGGAAAGAAGACAACUGGGAUAUUUACUAUUCCAAAAUAUUGAAGACAGCCAACGUGAACUUAAUAUCACAGUCAUUGUGCCGGGACGAAUACUAUGACCAAACCAGGGUGAAUGACAACAUGGUCUGUGCUGGGGAUGUGCAGUGGAAGUCUGAUGCAUGCAAGGGAGAUUCUGGUGGACCACUAGUCUGCGAGCACAAUGGCAGGAUGUCUCUGUAUGGGAUCGUCAGCUGGGGAGAUGACUGUGCUAAAGUAAAGAAGCCCGGCGUCUACACCAGAGUCACUAAAUACCUUUCUUGGAUUGAGUCCCACAUGAAGGGACUCAAUUUCAAAAGCCGUAGCCUCCCUAAAUUAAAGUGACCUUUCCUCAAAGCAUGGACCCAAAGCAGGAAGUCUAGAGCAUUCAUUUCAAAUAACUGGAACUGAGCCACAUAUCGAUGCAGUACAUUGAAACCCUGAAUGUUAGUUUGGAGUUGAUUUGUGCAUGUUUGUCUCUCGGGUCUUCAAUUUAAAUGCCUAUGUGGUUUGUUUUCAACAUUCAUAGCAGUGUAUCUGAAGCAGUCAGAUAAUCUGUAUCGCCACUGCAUGGAGUACCUGAAAGUCUUUCCAUGGAAGACUCAGAUAUUUAACAUUGAAAUGCGUAUUUCCAGUCAAGAUACUGUACAUGUCACGUUGUCUCCCUACUUUAUAUCUGAAUCACUAUUAGUCACUUUUAUAAAUACCUACACCAGUUUUAUCAACCAUCCAGUUAUUGGUUUUAAAUUGUAAGUUUUUUUGUUUUUUUUUUUUUUAAUGUAUGCUUAAAAUUUGGCCUAAAUGAAUAGUUGGUUAAUUUUAACAUUCUGAGGAAUGUCAGGAUACAAAUCACUAGGCAGCAGGAACUCUACGCAGUGAGUGCCUGCUGCUAGUGAACGAGAGAAUUUUUAUCAAUGCAUUGCCAUGGGCUGACUGCAGUUCUGAUUAGACAAAAACCAAACCAAAACAGAAAAGAAAAAUGCCACACACGUCACGCAUCUUAGAACAAAGGUAGUGAAGCAAUUUAUGGCGCAUACGCUCAGUCCUGUACUCCUUAGACAGGCUGAAUGUUCAUGGAUGUCAACAGGAGUUGUGCCUGUAUGAGGAGCCCUACAAGGGUGCUUUGGUGUAAUGAGGUUAAUUAUGGACUGUGCUGCAAGAAAGCAAGUCAUUAUAAAUAAUCCAAGUUGACUUUCUGACCACCUCUCAGGAAUUUUUGGUCCCUUCCAUAGGGCCUGACCCUGCCAUCUCUGCAUUUCUGUCAUGACUGAUGGCAGGAUUUAAGGAUUCACAAUCACUCUUUUUAUAUCUGUGACCAAAUGUUUGCCUCCCUGUAUGUUGCAGGGAUGUAAAUGCCAGAACUUGGUCCCUACUCUUAAGUCAACGUUUGGAAACUACCUCUUUCCCCAAGACUCAUAGUAUGCCAGUACAUUUUAUUUUUUAACUAGCUUUUGUUUUAUGGACACAAAAUUUGUACGAGGGCUGGAACCUCAACUGUUAUUUAAUGAUUUUACUUUGUUUAAUUUAUUGUUUGUAUUUUGGGGGUAAAAACUGUCAAUAAAAAUUGCUAUUUGUA